GAGCAAAUGGAGCAGACGGAGCAAGCGCCAUUAAAAGUUGGUAAAAGAGCAAAACAAACGCAACAAUUAGUACAGAUGGCCUUGAAACAUAUCGUUGAGGGAUGGUCAUAUGAUAAUUUCGAACAAUCAUUUCCCGCGAUUGCUAAGGAUUCACCGGAAUCACUUUCUAGUAUGCGUGACCAAACGAAAGAGCACUUCGAGAAGAGCGUAUCUACAAGUAUAGACGCGCUUCACGACCGCAGGAGGGUCGUACAAAGUCUGAACAGCCUCGAUGAGAUGUUGGACAGAGUGCAGAAAGCAAAGAAGGAGAAUCAUAAGACUGCGUUUGGUAUGAGUUUCAAACAACGCGGCGAAGCUUUCGCAAGCGAUCCAUUCCUAGCUGUGAAAGCGCGCAAGCAUGCCGUUGUACGAUCAGAAACUGAAGAAGUUGAUAGGAGGAUAGCAGAAGCCAGAGGCGAGACAGAGGAACUGAUCAGUAAAAUAAAAUCUCUGGACGCUGAAGAAGAAAAGUAUGACAAGGAGAAGUCUGAACUUGGAAGGCUACUUAAUGUGCUGAAUGAGGCGACGAGCAACAUACCACAGGAUGAGAUGUCUGUCGUGCAGUCUGAACUUAAUCUCGUAAUCUAGCUAAUAUAGUACAUUUGUAUUAAUAACUUGUAUAAUCUUAACAAUCAUCAUCGAUAUGCUUGAUAUCUGC